AUGGGAUCUGGAGGUACUCAUCAUGCAGAAUACAGUGAGUUUAGCGGUAUGGCUCGAGCAGAAGUCUUGGAAGCCGUUCUUGACUCAUACAAUGCGCUUGCAGAAGGCCAGGACAAUUGGGUGUGCAACCUGGCCAACGCGUCAGCUCUGCUAUGGCACGCAUACAAAUCGCUCCCUCUCGAUAUCAAUUGGGCCGGAUUCUACGUUUCCAACGGCUCUGAGAGCUCUGAGUUGAUACUGGGGCCCUUCCAAGGAAAAGUUGCAUGCCAAGUGAUCAAAAGUGGCACCGGGGUGUGUGGCACGUCUUUCCAGACGAAACAGACUCAAGUUGUGCAGGAUGUCAACAGUUUCCCAGGCCAUAUCGCAUGCGAUGGAGAUACCAAGAGCGAGAUCGUAGUCCCAAUUCUGGACGCUACAGGCCGCUGUCUUGGUGUCAUCGAUAUCGAUUGUCUUGAGUACAACGGAUUUGGGAAGACCGACCAGGAAUAUCUCGAAAAAUUGGCCAAAGCAAUCGCCGGCACAUGCCACUUCAGCAACUAG